AUGAACGGCGAAGGCAAGAUUAUCAUCUCAGAGGACGGUAGACUUGUUUUAAAGGCAUUGCCUUCACAGGCUAGACAUUCACCUUCCGCGGGAUUGCGUCGUCGAAAGCAAAAGUCUGCUGCACUCGACACAACAACAGCCGGGAGUUCAGUUGAGGGCGAUCGACCAGCCAACAUCGAGCAAGCCAUAUCCACUCCAGAAGACAAUAUGUCUGCUGCACCCAGUCAAGCCACGAACCAACUUGAGAUCGAUCAGCAUGGCGAGAUGGAUGUAGAGAUAUCUGAUGCCGACAAUGACAUGGCCAACGACCACCUGAUGCGCGACUUUGAUUACGAGGCCAGUCAUUCUCCUUCCAAAUCAGUUUCCAAAGUCUCCCGAAAAGAUCUAUCGGCCGCAUCUGCAGCACUCAAGUCCCUCGCCGCCCGCAACUCCAACUUCUCCCGCGCCUUCUGGGAAAAGCGCGUGAAAUACCCGACCAAAGGCGCCUUCAGCAUCGGCAGCGUCAUCGAGCAUCUCGGUCUGAAGCGCCAUCAGACCGGCACGAAUUUCUCUUUCAAGGACAAGACGGUGAACAAACUUGCCCAGGCCCUCCGAGUCGUGACACACAAGAUCUCCGACGGUGACGACGCGCGGGUAGUUGACGCUCACGUCGUCGAUGUCGCUGUCGACCCGGCUGCGCUGGUGGCGGAGGUCGAUGAGCUGAUGGAGAAGUUCGGAGAGAAGAUUUGGGGCGCAGAGGGCGAGAAGGAGUGGUUGGAGACGCUGGGGGAGUAUGGGGAGUACACUCAUGAGUUGCACUAUCACGAUGAGGAAGAGAACAAGUUGAUCCGGGAGUAUCUGCGUCUUUGGAUUGUACUCAAGGCGGUCAAUACCCGGAUCUACGUCAAGUAUCGGAAGGUUGCUGUGAAGGCGGAAGUCGAGGAAGAGGAGUCCAUGGACGAGUCCGAGGCUGAUGAUGAGUUGGAUCGCGAACUCGACGCGUACGACUCGGAUUCACCUGCGAUUGGCAAGGAGGCACGACACACCAAGACGCGACAUGAAGAGUACGUGAGUGCAAUCAAGACGGCUGAAAACAAGUUUGCCCGCCUCCGAGCCGCCAGGGAUGCUUUAGAGUUGGAAGAGACAACAAAUGGACUGGAUGUUGCACCGGGUUUGAAGAAUCUUUUAUUUCCAACUGCGCAAAAGACAGAGGAAGAUCCAGAUGAGUUCGUAUCAACGGUAGCACAGCGACUUGUAGAUGGACGACGUACACGCAGGAAGACACCGGUGUACAAUGAGAAGGUCCUCGCGGGUAUCAAGAAGCGUGGGCUACGGAAGGACAAGGGAAUUCCUCACAAGCCCGUCUCAGAUGCUCCUGUGGACAGCGCAGCAAUCAAUAAAGCACAUGCGGACGCUUCAGUGCCACCAUCCGGUGAUCAGAAUGGCGUGAUGCAGCUACAACUAUCAGUACAGCUCAAUCACGUGCAUAGGCACACAAACUUCACGAUUCGUAAAAAGCGCGCUCUCUCCCCGUCCUCCCAUUCUCGGCCCAUGCAGCAACCUCAGAAGAAAAAGAAGAAGCCCAUUGCGCAUGAGAACCCUCGGAAGAAGGGAAAGAAGCCCGCCGCACCCAUCGCUCCAUACACAGAGGACCCAGACCCAAUCCGACGACGCAUGCUUCACUCACGCCCUUUGACAACCGCUUUCCUGCGCUACCUCGACCCCCACGUCCGCUCAAAGUACUCCUCAAAAUCCCUCCUCGCCAACAUCGAGCUCGGCUCCACCCACCUCAUGCUAGCCGUCGUGCCCAUCGCGCUCCCCACUAUCCUAACCGCAUGGCUCACAUACCAGCGUACCGUGGCGUCCGUGAAGAAGCGCACCCCCGCGGCUCUCGACUCGGAGCUGUCGAAAGUGGACUCGGUGGUCACGCGCUCGCGGCUGCGGACGGAGUUGCGCAUGGCGCGCGAUGCGUUUGUUGCGAGCCACGAGAAUGCGCAGGCGGUUUUGAGGCGCGCGAUGGAGAAUAUGCUGGGUGGGGAUGAGCGGGCGGAGUAUGUGGGUGAUGGGAUGAAGCAGCUAGAUGAGGAGUUGGAGGCGUUGGGGAAGAGCUUGGGUGGGGGGAAAUAG